AUGGCGGACGAGAAGGAGACCAAAGGAGAGAAAAAGUAUAAGUAUAGCAUACUCAUUCCUACCUACAACGAGCGCCUCAAUAUCGCUAUUAUAGUCUACCUAGUUUUCAAGCAUCUCCGGGAUGUUGAUUUUGAGAUAAUUGUUGUGGAUGAUGGGAGUCCUGAUGGCACACAAGAAAUUGUCAAGCAACUGCAGCAAUUGUAUGGUGAAGACCGCAUCCUUUUAAGGGCUAGAGCCAAGAAGCUUGGUUUAGGAACUGCGUAUAUCCAUGGUUUGAAGCAUGCUUCAGGUGAUUUUGUCGUAAUCAUGGAUGCUGAUCUUUCACAUCAUCCAAAGUACUUGCCAAGUUUCAUCAAGAAACAGCUAGAGACAAAUGCAAGUAUAGUAACUGGUACACGAUAUGUAAAAGGCGGUGGUGUACACGGGUGGAAUCUUAUGCGGAAACUCACAAGUAGAGGAGCAAAUGUACUGGCUCAAACACUUUUGUGGCCUGGUGUAUCUGAUUUAACUGGAUCAUUCCGGCUAUACAAGAAAUCGGUGCUUGAAGACGUGAUUAGCUCAUGUGUGAGUAAAGGUUAUGUCUUUCAGAUGGAGAUGAUCGUUCGUGCUACCAGAAAAGGAUACCAUAUUGAAGAGGUACCCAUCACUUUUGUCGAUAGAGUCUUUGGAACUUCGAAGCUGGGAGGAUCUGAAAUAGUUGAAUAUCUAAAAGGCCUUGUCUAUCUUCUGCUCACGACUUAA